AAUCAAAUAUGGGUCUUGAUUAUUACCAGUUACUGAAUAUACCUCGAAGUGCUGACCAUGCAGAGAUAUGCAAGGCGUGAGAUUUAUUUGCUUCAGUAACAUUAUAGCCUUCUUGCUCAUUUAGUAACGAUUUUACCUAUAACUGUUGUGCUAAAAUAUUAAUUUAUUCGUAAUUAUAGAGAAAUUCUAGCUGUGUUAUGUAACACAUGCACUCAGUUUAUCAUACAUCUAGAAUUUAAGAUAUGAUGAGACUCAAAAAAGUUAAGUAUUUCUUUAGUGGCAUCAUUUUUGUGUUGUAUGCAAAUAAUUCCACUUUUUUACUGUCCUAUAGAUGAUAAUGAAGACAUUUUCACUUCGGAAGGAAUUCACAUUGUAAUAUUAUUGCUCGCAUUAUUCUUGUUCCUUCAUCUAUCACUGAUAGUUUAUGAACAGCACCUGAUCAGUCAUUGAAAGCUGCUCUGCCAAUCCUAAGUAAUACCCACCUUUUGGGACUUAAUUUGUUGAAUCAUCGCUUGUUUAAUAUUACCAGGCAAUUUUUAGUAGACAACACCUAAAGGGUCUAAUAGGUUAUCAAAACGUUUUGAUAUCAUAAAAACGAAUCAACUUAUUUUCUGAUUGAAAUUCAACGUACUCUGUUUUCCAAUACUUCUUUUAAAUGAAGUUACCGAAGAUUGGCUUUACACUACCAUCCUUGCUGCGCUCAACCUGGAGAAGAUUUCAGUGAAUGCUUUUCGGCCAUCUCAGAGGCCUACGACGUUCUGUCAGACUUAAAAAAGAAGGCAAUUUAUGACCGAUUUGGAGAAGAAGGUUUGAAAGGUGGUGCACCAAUCAAUUCAGAAUGGACGAAGCCCUAUGUAUAUCAUGGAGAUCCACACAAAACGUUCAUGUCUUUUUUUGGAACAGAUAAUCCUUUCAACCGAUUUCAGGAAGAAAUGGACUCACAAGUUGAACAUAACUUCGGAGGUCUUAACGGUCGUGGUCGUCCUCAUCAAGACCCACCAAUUGAACGUGAAAUGUCUCUAACCCUCGAAGAAAUUUACAAUGGAUGUAUUAAAAAGAUGAAGAUUUCCCGCCGAAUAAUGAAUGAAGACGGACACACAAGUAGCAUCAAGGAUAAAAUACUUUCAUUGACUGUUUUUCCUGGAUGGUAUGAAGGCACUCGUAUCACAUUCCCCAAGGAAGGUGAUCAAGGUCCAAAUACAAUUCCAGCUGACAUUGUAUUUAUUUUACGUGAUCAUCCACAUAAACAUUUCAAGCGUGAAGGAACUGAUUUAAUAUUUACUUCACCAGUGCCAUUGGGUCAAGCUUUGUUAGGUUGUAUUGUAGAUGUCCCUACAUUAGACGGAAGAUUGUUACAUGUUCCAAUCACGGAAAUCAUUCAUCCCAACUAUGAAAAAGUAGUGCCAGGUGAAGGUAUGCCAUUACCUGAUAAUCCAGAGAAGAAAGGAGAUUUACGAAUUCGAUUCAAUAUCCAAUUUCCUAAAAAAUUAAGUGGCGAUCAAAAGUUAAGUAUUGAAAGAGCAUUUUUUGGAUAAUUUUACCGUUCUUGGACAAUACUAUUUUUAUCAUUUUGAAGUCAUAGUAGACACUCAUGGAUAUAUAUAUAUGGAAAUAAGAGAAAGUUUCUAAAACGAAGUAGAAUAACAACAAGAAUUUUUAUUUUUUUCUUCACAACUCUGCCUUCUAAAUGAUAAUAAUUUUAUAAACAGUAUAUCUAUGUGAUAAACAGUUGUAAACAUUCUUAGUUUUCAUAAUGAUAAUGAUAAGUAUGAGUAUCGGUUUGAUAAGCAAAAUAAAAUAUUAUUCUACCUCUUUUUUAAUGAAAUAUGUUUUCGGUAUGCCGUUUGAAACUUUAUCCAUGAAAGUGACUAACGUUUAAGCAUAACAACUUUCAGAUUUCAAGUUAUUUAGUUGCUCUACAAUAAUUAAUUCAACCCAAAGCUUGUGAAAAGGAUUAAAGGUGAACACUUAGAAAAUUAUAGUGUCGAAAAUAAUGUAAAUAUCUAGUUCUCUUUGACUUUGUUAGGCUCCUUAUUUUAUUGUCACUCGGUAAAUAAAAAUUUUAAACUUUUGGCUUGGUAAAAGCAUAAUAUACUGACGGCCUUGGGUUAACCAAUAAGAAUUAAAAUAACUUCCAAUCAUUUUGUACAAGGUCUAAAGUGAAGUGAUAGAUAGCAUGUAUGUUAUUAUUAAGCAAGUGAAAAUGGGCAAUAUUUGGUUGUUAAAAUAUUUGAAAUCAAUGGAAACGCUUAUUAUACAACAAUAAAGUAAAUUUCAGAUGACGCUUAAAUUAAAUUAUAUGACAUACCUACUUCUAAGGCAGAUUGUAUGUCCAAGUACUUAAUGGCACCCAUUAUGUAAUCAAGAGUGUUUAGUGGAUCUAAACAGUAUUUUCUCUUCUCCACUCUCAUUCUAAAUCCCAACCCUAAGUUUUGCAAGUCUGUAAACAGGAAGGUGGAAAAGCAUUGUAUUAUAACUGAUGUCAGUUCGUGCUGAAAACCCUAAACUCAAUUCGUUUUAUAACUAGGCAGCAUUUUCUGAUUGGCCGAUAAGUCGCCCGAGGUCUUCAGUAUGUUAUACUUUUACCUUUGGCUUUUAUGUAAAUGCUAGUAGAUUAAAAAUACGCCAUGGUAUUAAGUCUAUCAGGUCAUAUAAAACAAUUUUUGGGAUUGGUAAUACAUUUUAUUUUCAGUAGAAAGAUAGAAUAUGGCCUUAUUAAACCUGGUGUGUUCUCACUGUGAAUAUUCUGCUUUGUGAACUUUGAAACAUGGCUGGUGUUUUAGAUUUUUUUAAGCGACUGAUACAGAGAAGCAUUGUUUAUUUGGGUGCUUUGCUAGUAAUCGAUCAACUUAAAGGGAAGAUUUAUUGACAAACUGAUAUCCGCUAUAGAACGAUCGAAAAUUGUGUCAUUAUUUAUGAGUUAAGACCAUGGGAAAAUUCCCAGUCAUUGACGAUUGCACAAUAAGCAAGCUAGAAAACUAACUUUUGUUUCAAUUCAUUGAUCAGAAGUAACGUGACCAUGCCAAAACUCUAAUAGUUUAUAUUCACCCCUGUAUGAAUACGAAGGCACUAGCUUCCAAUAACUUAAGUGAUAGGAAGAAACAGCUGUCGAGUAGCUACGGGUUUUAUAAACUGUGAACUUGUAACUAUUUUGGUGGAGUUUUGUUCUCUGAGCUGGAUGGUUUGGUCGUGGAGCUUUCACCAACCACACGCAGCAUCAGAACCCAAGUCAAGCACAAAAAUCAACAAAAGGAUCAUCCUACCGUACAUACAAGGAAUAUCAGAAACUGCAACGAGACUGCUGAAAACCUUUGGGAUAGGUGUAGCACACAAACCGACAAAAUCACUACAAUCGAUCCUAUGCAAACCAAAGGAUGAAAUAACAAAGGAAAACAAAUCAAACAUCAUCUACAAAAUAAAUUGUAUUGACUGCGACAAACACUACAUCGGACAAAGCGGACGCCCCCUCCACCUUCGCCUACAUGAACAUCAAUUAGCAGUUAAACUCCAUGAUAUCUCCUCACUUAUAUCAAUACACGUGGACAACUGCGGAUACUCAUUCGAUUGGAAAAAUGUAGAAAUCUUAGAAAGAGGAAACUCCAAAAACACCAGAGAAUUUUUAGAAGCCUGGCACUCAGGUCAAUCAGCAAUCAACAAACAUAUUGAAAUCAAUCCAAUUUAUCAACCAAUCAGGAAAAUCAUGCAUAAAUAUGGGAACAAAAAUCAAACCA